AUGGUGGAAUCGCAUAUGAGCCCUUCGCGCGGGGAGCGGCAGCUGCCUGAAAAGUCCAACGCAGGCGUCUCUACAGAGAGCCCGACAGAGCGAAAUGACCCAACGCAGUCAGACUUUCCCGAGGGCGGGCUACAGGCAUGGACCGUGGUCUUUGGGGCCUGGUGUGCGUUGUUUUGUACAUUUGGUCUCGUCACCUGUAUAGGCGUGUUCCUGGAGUACUACACAGACGGGCCACUGGCAACCUACAGUGCCAGUAGCGCUAGUUGGAUUACAAGUGUUCAGGUAUUCCUCCAGGUUGGCAGCUCGAUAUUGUGGGGCCGUUUGUACGAUUCAUAUGGUCCUAGAUGGCUACUUCUCCUUGGAACUCCCGUUUAUUGCUUCGGCUUAAUGAUGACCUCCCUGUCGAUGCGAUAUUAUCAAAUCUUUCUUUCCCAAGCUAUUAUAAGCUCCCUUGGUUCGGGAGCCGUCUUCAAUGCUAGCCUGACCUCCACCACCACAUGGUUCUACAAAAGGCGAGGCACCGUGUUCGGCAUCGUGAACUCCGGAUCAUCACUCGCCGGCGUCGUCUUGCCGAUUAUGCUGAGUCGACUGUUCAAAUCGAUCGGGUUUCCCUGGACGCUCCGAGUGCUUGGAUUCAUGUUCUUGGCUCUUUGUGGUUUUGCAUGUGCGACAGUAAAGACUCGAUUGCCACCUACUCGGCGUCCAAUAUCUGUGAAGGACUAUAUCCGACCUCUGAGGGAGUUGAGAAUGGUCCUGACUGUUCUUGGCGGGUUUCUUUACUUCUGGGGCAUGUUCCUCCCCUUGAACUAUAUCAUCAUCCAGGCACAAGCAACUGGCAUAUUGCCCGCGGUUGUCCCUUACCUCCUACCGAUCAUCAAUGCAGUCAGUCUCGUCGGACGGCUGCUGUCGGGGGUUUCUGCUGACAGGGUUGGACGGUUCAACUGCAUCAUCGCCAUCACGGCAAUGUCAGGAAUAAUGACAUUGGCCCUUUGGAUCCCGGGCAGCACGAGCACAGCAGCCGUGAUAACAUACGCAGUAUUUUUCGGCUUCGGGUCCGGUGGCUAUGUGACCCUGUUUCCAUCAUGCGUGACCCAGAUCAGUGAGUAUGAGGAAAUUGGCACGCGGCUUGGGAUUGCGCAACUGACCAACGCGUUCGGUGCUUUGACUGGUUCCCCACUGGGCGGCGCCUUAAUCCGUGGUCAAGACAGUAGCACAGGCUUCCUUGGACUUCAAAUAUUUUGUGGCAUUACUAUGGUUAGUUCUGCUGUAGCAUUCGGAGCGGCGCGGUAUUCGCAGGUAGGAUUCAGAGUGGCCAGGGUCUGA